GAUGCCGUGUUUGGACCGGCGGUGAGUACAGCACGUGUCUACCAAUCGAUUGCUUCACCGCUUGUACAAAACACUCUCGACGGCUACAACUCUACGAUAUUUGCAUAUGGUCAAACUUCUUCGGGGAAAACGCACACAAUGGUUGGUAGCGAUGCCGACCCAGGUGUACUGAAACUUUCUAUGAAAGAAAUAUUUGGCAACCUUGAAUCCAAGAUUGCAUCGAACGAGAGCCUUGUGCGAGUAUCAUACCUUGAACUCUACAAUGAAGAGAUUCGUGACCUCUUGCGCCCAAGGGAAGGAACGAAACACCAAAUUACAGAAGAUCCGACGCGUGGCCCUGUGGUGAAUGACCUGCACGAAGAGGUGGUUACUUCAGAGUCCGAGCUUGACACUGUGCUCGCAAUCGGCGAAAAGCACCGCUCGUACGGAGAGACGGCUAUGAACUCGACAUCUUCACGCUCUCAUGUUAUUUUUCGUGUCAUCAUCGAGUCUGGAAGCAGGGUCGUUGCUGAAUCUAACACAUACAAGUCGGGUAGCCAAGCAUCUGGCAUUGCACUCGCGGUGCUCAACCUUGUUGACUUAGCAGGUUCUGAACGUCAACAGAAGACAGGCGCGACAGGAUCUCGACUCAAGGAGGGCAACAUGAUCAACAAGUCGUUACUUGCGCUGGGAACAGUGAUCUCGACGCUUGCGGCUAAUUCCGCUGCAUCGGCCAAGGGGAAGGCCAUCAAACACAUCCCGUACCGCGAUUCUAAGCUGACGCGGCUCCUGCAGGGGUCGUUAGGUGGUAAUGCGCGGACUUGCAUGCUUGCUGCUAUUUCACCCGCCUCAAGGAAUCGUGAAGAGACACAGUCAACACUCCGGUAUGCAUCUCGCGCAAAAAGAAUUGUCAACACACCCACACAAGUCGUAAUUGACAGCAAAGAUUCCAUGCUUGCUUCGCUGAAGAAGGAGAUAAGCGCACUGAAAGAACAGCUGGCAGCGGAAGAGAAGCAAUCCUCCGUUGUUGCCGAACUUACUCAGGAGAACGAAGCCGCCGCCUCAGAGAUGGAGCAGGCACGA